AUGCCGUUCAUCACACCCAAGAAGACAACGAUCGCCGCCCCCGCCCUUGUAUGGGAUGCCUUUCCUCCGCCGCCCCCAGAGGCUGAGACGUGGGAACCGGAUGCGGACAGCAUCGCUAGGCCUGGACGUCUUCCGGACCCGCGGUUCAAUCGCGAUCCGGAACACAACCGCCGCAGUAAGUCGUUCCGACGGGAAGCGAAGAUGCUUGCCACAAACCAACUGAGUGCCUCAUCUUCACCCCCAAACGGAAGCUCUCUGGGGCGCGGAAUCGGACAGUGGCCAGCUCCAGCUGCACGUAGCACCAGCUUGCCUCGAGACGUGAUUCAAAGUGCUGGUCCCGCUUCGCCUCCAGCGGACGCUGUCAAGGAACAAGUUCAAACCUCAAGGCCCAGGCUAGCUGCGACCAAGCCAGUCGCACGCGUCACUGGUCCUCCCAAGGGAACGAUGGAAUCAAUGUUUGUGCCAUACACUCGCCGUCCAGAGAUCCCAGCGAUAUCGAAGGCCUCGACGAACUCAGUCUCACCCACCAAGAGUCAACCGCCGGAUUGGGCGGCCGCUAUUGAGAAAGCCAUCCAAGAAGGCGCCAGACAGGAUACAUUGACUGCUAGUACAAAGAGCCCUCGCCCUGAGAGCAUACGCAAGAAGUCAAUACCUCCUCAUUUGAGGACCAAGACCGACGAUCUCGUCCAAGCUCACAAACAGCUCAGCUCGCUAGACCUGAACCCGAACGCGAAAGUGUUCGAGGCGCCAGUCAAGGUCGUUCAGGGACAGGACAACGCCACGAGCGAGGCUUUGGCCUGGAAGGUGGCCAUGUCAGAAACCGGUAUCGAUCAUGCUGAACAAGGCUUACGCGUGCAGCAAGAGCUACUUGAUGCGUGCAUUGCCAAGAAGUCUACCACGUCUAGCAUUCCACCUACGCCCGUCGCUACCACCAACAACACCAAGUACUGCGCUCCUCUCGAUCACGAAGCCAAGAAGAAUAUCAUGCUCAUACGUGCAAUGGAGCAUGAGAUGGAUCUUGAGAAGGUGGCACCUGAGCGCGAGCUCAUGGUUAUGCAGCGCGCCGAGCUUGACAGAUACUUUGUCAAGGUCUGCUCUGCUCACCAGCAGUGGUGGGAGGCUAUGGGACCGGCAUGA